AUGGGAAAGUCUGGGUUCCCCUCGGAACCCCCGCCCGGCUCGGCGCUCGCCUCUGCAUCCACCACAGCGGCCGCCGCAGCCGCCGCCGCCGCCACGGCCGCCGCCACCUCCUCGUCCGCAUCCGCAUCCGCCUCCCCCAGGGGGGGCGCCGCAGCCUCCGCUGCUGCGGCGGCGGCUUCGGCCGCGCUGGCCUCCGCCGCCGCCGCCACCCGGGCGGCCUCCGCCUCCUCCUCCGCCAGGGCGGCCGCCGCCUCCGCCAGGGUGGCCGCCGCCUCCUCUACUGAGGCCUCAGCCUCCACCUCAGCCUCCACCUCGGCUUCCGCCUCCGCCACGGAGGCCUCCGCCACCGCCUCUGCCACGGUCGCCGCCGCAGCCUCCGCUGCCGCCGCCGCCGCCCUGGGGUGGCCGGGGAGGAGGCGGGGAGGCGGGGGAGGGCACGAGGGCCGGUGGGUGCCGGGCCCGGGCCGGGGGCGCGAGCGGGGGCUGGGGCUGGGGCCGCGCCGAGCCGGCCGAGCUGGCGAGUCCUAG